UCUACUGACUUUUCGUUUCCCUCCGAAAUAUACAGAUUUAUUCAAACAUGUGUACUUUCGAGGGUUUCGUUAAAGGUUAUCCCGGAAUAUCUAUUGAUCGUUUCGAAAUUAAUAAUUUAAAUUCUACUAUUUAUUUAUUAUCUCAUUGCCAUACAGAUCAUAUGAAAGGACUUGAUACACCUCAGUUUCAUGAAAGAUUGAAGAAAAGUGAUGAAGUGAAAAUUUACAUGUCUGAAGUAUCAAAAGCUCUUCUUUUGAAUGAUCAUAAGUACAAGCAUCUAGCACCAUAUAUAGAAACUAUUCCAGUUAAAAGUGCAAUAACAAUUUCUGUGCCAAAUAUGGAUCAAAAGAUAGUGGUGACAAUUUUUCCUGCUGGACAUUGUCCCGGUUCAGCAAUGUUUUUAAUUGAAGGGUGCAAUGGAAAUGUAUUAUACACAGGAGAUUUUCGUCUCACCAUAAAGGAUAUAAGUAAAUUUAAAUUACUUCAUUCUUCUAUUCAAAAAGUAAAGAAUAUAAGCAGUUUAUAUCUUGAUUGUACAUUUUGUGCACCCGAAGCCAUGUAUUUCCCUACAAGACAAGAAAGCUUGACUGCCCUAAUUACAUUGAUUGAACCAUGGUUAGUCGAAAAAGAGCAUGUUGUGUAUUUGUUUUGUCCUGCUCACUAUGGAUAUGAAUAUAUAUUUGUGGAAUUAGCAAAAAAAUUUCAUACAAAAAUUCAUAUAGAUGAUUCAAAGAUGAGAAAAUAUGAACAAAUAAGUGAAAUUUUGAAUGCGGUUACUUGUGAUCCGAGAAAGUCGAGAAUUCACGCUUGCACGGUUUUUAACAGAGAUUCAAAUGAUUUUGUAAGAUGUAAAUAUCAUUUUAAUAAAUAUCUGAAAAAAAAUGUAUUGAGUGUCAAACUUAGUGUAAUGUGGUUUGCUCAACACGUGUGCAUAUCGAACAUAAUUGAAAAAGUGGGAAGUAAUUGCUAUCGUGUCUGUUAUUCCCAGCAUUCUUCAUUAUCAGAGAUAAAAGAUAUUAUCUCGUAUUUGAGACCUGAAUUUAUUUCUCCUAUUGCAAUUCCUUCUGGAUAUUCAGAAAAUGAGUUGCUUAGAUUAUUGUCUUGUCUUCAGCAUGGUAAUAAAAUGCAAGAAGAGAAGAAUGAGAAAAAUAUAUUUUUAGGAUUGCUAAAGAAAUCAAACUGUACUGAAGCUCUUCAUGAAGAUGGAUAUGUGAAAGAGACUGAUGCUAGUAAUGAAUUUUUUUGGAAUGAUGAUAAUUUAAAUAAAGAAAAUAAUUCCCUAAAUAAAGAAAUGAAUGAUAAACAGAUUUCUACUUCACAACAUAAUGUAAGUAAAAAACCAAAAAUUGAUAAUUCUGAAAAUUAUGAUCCGGAGAUGAAUGACUCUAAAUUAUUGUACCUGACUUCAUCUGAUUCUGAAGAGGUUGAAGAAGAAGAAACGAGUAAAUCUAAUUGGUUGAAAAUAGAUACCUCUGAUUCGGAGAGUGAUAAAAGUAGUCCUAAAUGGAUGUAUAUUAUAUCUUCUGAUUCAGAAUGAUUGAUUUAAUUUUUAAAUUAAUGAAUUUAAAACUAAUUUUUAUGCAAUAUAUUUGUUAUUUGUUAUAUAUUUUUUAAUCUGUAAAAUUUUAUUUGUAUGUAAUACACAAUAUGACAUUUUAUACAAGAAAAUAAAAAUGCAGGACCAUAUUUUUUAAAAAUAUUAUACUAAAAGCUGUAAUUCCAAAGAACAUUGUAAAAGUCUGCAUGAUAUUUAAAUUGUUAAUGAAUAGUAGAAAAAAAAAACACAGAUUUUUUAGCAUUUGCAAAUAUUGUAAUGUAAAUACUGAAAAUAUUUUUCAAAUAUUUUGUGACUCAAUCUAGUUUAUGCUUUACAUAGUUUAAUUUUUGUGUUUAUAUAUAUAUAUACAUACAUACAUACAUACCUAUAUAUAUUAGGGUUUCUCAAAUGGGAUUCAGAUUGUUUUUUUAACCUGAGAAAUUCUUCUCAUUCUGGGAAAUCCCGCAAAUUUCUUAAAAGUUCAUUUUUUUCUUAUUUUGUGUUAAGGUUGAGGAAAUUUUGCAAAUAGAAAGUAUAAUUAGCUCAAACUCUGUCAGAAUACAUGUGUAUUUUUUAAUUUUAAACCUACUUAUUAGUUUUUUAAAUUUUUGCUCUUUAUGCCAUGUCACAAAUGGUCAAUAAUCAAUACGUAGCUUAUUUGUGGCAGGAUUCUGAAAAUUCUUUAC